AUUCGAGUUGAAACAUUGAUUACUUGCCUGUGAUAAGGGGUUGAAGCCUGUCAAGUUGGCUACCCUGAUGUUCGAUAUUUUCAAUGGGUAGAUUUCAUUAGUCGUGCUUCAAAGACAGCUAGCUUUUUCAAUGAGUUUUGAGUUGAUAUCAUCUUAACAGUUCGCAUUUCUAUAAGGUGUGUGUAUUUGUGAGGAAUAGCACGCGAAUAGAUUCGAGUUAAGUUUUAGGGGAGGUUUUUUUCGGAAUAAUUAACAAUGGAUGCUGGCGGAGCUUACGGGGGAGGGAAGGCAGGAGCCCCUUUCGAUCCCUUCACAUUUGUGCAAAGGCCUCAAGUUAUUCUGCGAGGGGUGUGCUUGCUGUUCGCCAUCAUAGUAUUCUCGUGCAUCAGCUCGAACGGAUGGAUAUACGACGACUCGGAGAAGCAGGAGGUGUGCCUGUUCAACCGGGAUGCCAGCGCCUGUCACUACGGCGAGGGAGUUGCUCUGCUCGCAUUCCUCGCCUCCGUCGGCUUCUUGGUCGGCGAGUACCUCUUUGAACAGAUGUCGUCGGUCAAGACCCGCAAGCACUACGUUCUGCUCGACCUCGGCUACUCUGGAUUCUGGUCUUUCCUGUACUUCAUCAGCUUCUGCUACUUGGCCAAUCAGUGGAGCAGCGCCCCCCCUCCCCCCGAGACCGCCGGAACCGGAAGUAUUCAGGCCGCCAUCUGUUUCUCGUUUUUCUCCGUUAUAACUUGGGCUGGCUGCGCGUGGUUUGCUUUCCAACGAUUCAAACAAGGAGCUGACUCAGCAUUCGCUCCGACCUACGACGCUGACCCAGGCAAUCUAUCCGGAGCUGCAUACACUUCAUACCCAGGGCCUGACACAGACACUGGAUACCAAGAAGCUCCUUUCUCAGGAAAUCAGCAGAGAGGUGGGAAUAUGGACUAUCAAGCACCAGCAUACUAAAGCGAGAAAAACUCAAUUUCUUAGUAAGUUAAUCGCUUUCAACGUUAAGAGAGUUAUACUUAGAUAUACUCAAUGAGGUUUCACGUAAAAUAAUAAUGAUUAUUAUAUAUUCAGAAGCGUUAUUUAGAAAUAAGUAAGUCAUUGUAUGACGGAUGCAAAUAAUAAUACAAGUAACUAAAAGAAAUACAAAUUAUCAUAAUCAUGAUUGGAAUAGCAAUAAAACUUUUAAAGUUUAUACGUUCAUAUAUAUUUGAAAGCUAAUAAAGCUUAUGUAUGUUUCAAAGCUAUUCCGAGAAAAAUAUGCUUAAUUUGUAAGAAAACAAAAAUAUAUCCCCUCAGUUUAAACGCGAAGGAAUAAACCUCAUGAAAAUAAUAUAAAUGGUGAAGAUGGGAAAUUGAAAUAAUUUGAGGUAAUAUUAAGUAAUUUAUAAGUAAAGUAAUAUUUACUUAUAUUUAAAAGUCGAAAUGAUAAACCUCAUGUAAUAAAAGUGGUAAAGAAUUUCAAAUGUAAAAGUCGAAACCUCAUGAAAUAAAAGUGGUAAAGAUUUUAAAAACUUUUAAAAGUUGGAAAAGUAAUAUUGGUACUUUAUUUAAAAGUCAAAAUGAAAAACUUGAUGGUAUCAAAAUUUCCAAUUUUGACUUGUAAUAAAGCAAAAUACAGGUUGGAAUAGUUGAAAAAAGACGAUGGUGGCUUUUUCCAAAACUAAAAUAAUUCAAAGUCGAAGUACACAACAUUUGAAAUAAUUAUUCAUAAAUUAAUACCAAAUUGAAGUUCUGACUUACCACAAAUAUUUCUAGAACCAUCUACUUUGGACCUCAAAAUUUUAAGGAUUAGAUUCCCUGAAACUGUUCUAUUAAUUCAUAAAUUAUAAAAUCAAGCGUUAACAACCAACAGACUUGGACAGUUCAAGUGUCAAAAUGGAACAAAAAAAUUAUUUGCGUGUAAGUGUCAAAAUGAAAUAAAAAUUAAUUAUUUGCAUUUAACUUAGCAUAACUUUAUUAAGGAUUCGACUUCGAUUAAGAUUCAAAAAAGUCAUACACUUACACUCCUGAGUAGGUGCAGUAAAAUUGAAUUCCAAUGAGAAAGUCAAUUCAGAUACUACUUGACUUACAAAAAUGGGGUUCAGAUAUUUUGAAAAAUAAGACAAACUAUAAUAACUUUGAGGAGGUAGUACAGUACUAGGUACUGUAUAUUUUUAAAACACAAAUUUUAAAUUUUAUCUACCCCUAUAUAAUACCUGGCUAUUAAAAAACGAAGGUAUUCUAGUUCAAAUGUACAGGUUUACAAUGAAAACCUUUUAAAAUAUAAUUGAUGUGGCUUUUAAAAUCCAAGUGUGAAAGUAUGAUAUAUUAUUAGGAAGCUAGUGUACAUUACAUCGUGAAAUGGUGACAAUAUUUAACAAAUGUAUAGUAGUAGGAAGCCUGGAAGAAAAAUCUUAUUGCUAAUAUUGUGUUUAAAGACUCAAUGUUGUUAAUUAUAAAUUAAUGUGUUAUAGGAUUAAUGUUUCAUUUUUCUAGAAAUAAUUGUUGUAAAGUCUCUUGUGUACAGUGCUGUAAAUUAUUGUAUAGAUUUAACCUUGAUAUUCGAGUUGUAUUCUUAAUGUCUGGAAUUAUACCGUAAUUUGGAAAUCCUUUAUAAUAUCUGUCAACAUAAACAUGCCCUUACUGUUGAAAUCAUGCUACUAGUUUAUGCCAAUGAACACAAAACACUGGAAUUAGUCAUUAAUAAGUAUGAUUGUAAUAUCUAGAAGAUAUUGAGCAAUGAAGAGAUUUUUUGAGGUUAAAGUAUGUAAAACUUAUUAAUAAAUUAUUAAUCAACAAUAGAAAGAUAAUAUUCUUAAUGUUUUGAGAAAUUCAUUCAAAUGAAGAAGAAUUUGAACUACAUAAUAUUCAUACAUUCAAAUUUCAGUUGUAAGGGAUUUAGAAAUUUGUAAUUUCCAUUUGAAAACUAAUUAGAAAUGAGUGAAAAUGAGGUUGUAAGAAUAGUAAUGGUUGUAAAGUUAUUUAAUGCAUUAGUUGCAUAAAUCUUAUUUCAAUUGAAAUUAUUUUCAUUGUAAUAAUGAGAAUGGUAAUUAUAAUAUCUAGUUCAGUUCAUCAUAAAUUGGGAAUAAAUUUC